AUGUCUUGGUGCCGAGCAGUAUGGUUGGAGGGAUCAAUAGAAGAAGAGCUGACAAUCCCGUCAGUUUGGAUUGAAGGAGCAGUAAAUGAAAAACAGUUUGUGAGGUGGCCCAAUGGUAUCAAUAUUUUAAAAGCAUGUAAACAGCAGGCAAUACCACAUAAUGAUUGGUUUUCCUUUCCACUCCUUAAGGAAAAAUGUCGUCAUAAUGAUAAAACAGUGUGUGAAGGAUUUGACUUCACUAGUGACGAUUCGGAAGCGUAUUUUAAUAAGCAAAUAGACAAAUCUUGUGAUUUGACCUUUGAAAAUGAGAAAGGAAUUAAAUAUAGAACAAUACAUAAAAUACCUGUAUGUCCUGAAGAGCCCAUGUUUAUUAGAGCUAGAUCGCGAUCCCCUUACGAUGUAUCUUCACAUUGUUCUGCUUUGCCAAAUCCUGGUUGUCCCCCUCUUGCUAUUACAGAGCCACGUUCUAAGCAAGCAGUUUCAAAAUCAUUUGGUUUCAAAACUUCAAAGAGUUCAGCAAUAAUAUCUUCUGGUUCCAAAACUUCUUCUAUCUUUUCAACGUCUGCUGUUAAAUCCUGUCAAUCACAAUUUGUAUCAUCUGUAGUAAAAUCUACAGAUAAUACAUAUUCUAAAAUCCCUGUAAGUAAGUUCCUACAAAUGACUUCAAGUUCAGUAAACCUACCAUCUUCCUCCAAACAAGUUACAAUGCCACCAGUAAAAGCAACUCAAUUUACUAAAACCUCGAUAUCUAAAUUUCCUCUUCCUGAAGCUAAAUUUCAAUAUAAAGUAAUUCAUUUGCUCACUCAAAUUCUUGAGGAGCAGUGCAAGAUAUCGACACAGGAACCUGAACAUUCUUCAUAUCAUGUGAAGAAGUUCGAUAAUUUAGAGGAGUUUCAGGUUUUUGAUGAUGAACUUUCUGAUGUUGCAAAAUGUCUUCUUUAG